AUGAGAUCCUCCACAAGGUGUACUUUGAUCCCUGGCUUUAUUCUUCUCUAUGUAUUCUGUUUCGGAAACUCCGAUAUCAGUACACCAGCUUACUUUACUAUUAUUAUUCUUACGUCACCCACGUGGAUAAUGGAGUAUGAGCUAGGGAUGCAAGGAAUAAUCGCCAAUGUUCACAUCCUGGAGUUACCAAAAUUCCAGGUUGUGAAAGGGGUAACAAAGUUCAAUGCUUCUGUAAACAUUGGAAGUAACCAGUUCAACGAAUGGAUUCUACCCAAUGCCUUUUGCUAUGGACAAUCUGUCGAUCUGAACUUCAAAAGUGGAUUAUUCGUCUUGUUUUCUUCUAAUGGAGUAAAAACUUUAGUUCAAACUUUUAGGAAACUCGACGAUGAUACGAACCCCACAACUUCCCAACCGCGGAGGAAUAUAAAGUUUCCAGGAGUAGAACUAUAUACAACAGAUAACACGAAGUCCAAUGUUUCCAGUUAUUUUUUUAUCAUCUCUAAUUUUUGCGGCAAGAUACAAAUCUGCAUUAAAUUUGGGGAUGGUGUAGAAAAAACAUUAAAUAAUUUUUCUCAAAGCAGAACCAUUUCUCAUGUCUACAACAGGACAGGAAACAUGACGAUUAAACUCAGUGUGUUUCAUAGAAACAAACAAGAACUGACCAUUUCCCGCUCUAUUAUGGUUCUUGAUCAUCAUUGCUUUCAAGCCACACCGAUGUUUGACAUUCGGAAUUCUGUACCAUCCAAUCCUUUAACGGUUUUCCUGUUCUCUGACAUCAUUAUUAAAAGUAGAAAACAAUACGAUCAUCAGUCAGAUAGAUGUAGAACCGAACAUACGGAUCAUUUGACCUACUUCUGGAAAGUUACUAACACCGAGACAGGCGAGGAAACAAAGUCCAGGAGAGACCAACUCCCUCUGAUAUCACACACCCCGGGUUUGUUUAAAGUUUCCCUCACAAUACAGGUUGGACAGUUUUCCACAACUGGAAUUCUUUAUAUAAAGUUUAUAUUUGAACAUCAGAUGAAUUUUCACAGAAGUGUUCUCUGUCAGUUUGUGAAUAAUUCCACCAGUAUGGUGAAUAUCAAUGUGGAUGCUGAGAUUCUGCCUGUCUGGGGUGAAAAUAUUUCAUAUUCCUGGAGGGUUGUAAGAUACUCUAAUCCUAACUUGAUUCCUCAAGGAUUUUCAGCUGCAAAAUGGGUAAAAUUGUACUACGUGAACUCUACAAAACUCACUCUCAUUAACCCAUUCCAAAGGAUGGAGCGAGGACUUACAGAGAUCGCCCUGAGGGUCAACUACACCUCAUCAAUAGAGUACAUUUACCAGUUUGUGCUUGUUCAUGACGGCGAACAUGAAUGCAACAUUAAAUACUACUGCGUGAAAAAUUGCGAAAUUAGAACCAGUUUAUCAAAGAAGUACGUAGCUAGGAUGAAUAGCAUGAAUAAAAACUGCAUUGCAACAGCAAAAUUACAUGGAGUAUAUGACGUGUCAGAUAGCAGAGACAAUAAAUCUGUAUUACAAAUGAUCAAAGGAUAUCCAUUGAGCAACGGAACAAGCUUAAUGCACAUAGACCGGCAUCAUCUUAUUGUACAGACAAAUCGUCUUGCAGCCGGCAAGCGUUAUAUCCUGAAAAUGACUACAGGUGACGUUCCUUGGCUUAUUCAUCUUCAUAUGAACAGCCCACCGACGGGAGGUUGCUGUGAAGUUAUGCCCAAAGAGGGUUUAGUGCUUCAGACAGAGUUUAUGGUAGUUUGUAGGGACUGGCGAGCGGGGGCGGAGGAUUAUAACACACCUCAUCAACAAACAAAAGUCCCCCUGCUGUAUACAGUCCGCUAUAGAACAUCCAGUAGUGAUCAAGUGACGGUGUACCAAGGCUAUGAAGCGUCAACCCCCUCCUUUAUGUUACCCUCGGGCGCUGCCUCCCAAGGUUACCGAGUCACAGUAGAGGUGGAAGUGGAAGACAGAUUUGGCGACAAAACACAAACGAAUGUAACCGUAACUGUCAAGAAAAUUCCUCAAAAUGAAAACCGCGAUUUGAAUGAAAUUCCGUGUGACGAAUUGGAUCAGCUUUUAGCAAUGUUUGUGUUGUCAGUAAGAAAAACUGACGGUCAAGAAUACGAACCAAGUUCUCUCAGAUCUAUAAUAAGUAGUUUGGACAGAAAACUAGGACGACAAAAAUAUGUGCAUAAAAUCAUGGAUAGUCAAGACGAUUCCUUUCGUUUGACUCGCGACGCCCUAAAAGCAAAACAAAAAAAUCUGAAAAAACAAGGUAAAGGCAAUAAACCAAGCAAAGCUGAGGCAAUUUCAGACGAAGAAAUAAACAUAUUAUAUGAAAAGAAAAUCCUUGGUAAUGAAACCCCCGAGUCCCUCUUGUAUACUCUCUGGUUCAAUAACUCUAUUCAUUUCGGACUACGAGGAGUGAGCGAACACUAUAAUUUACGCUGGAGGGAUAUUAAACUCAAAGUAUCAUCACAUGGGACAGAAUAUUUAGAGUAUAAUGAAAGGCAAACCAAAACACGAACAGGCGACAAUAUUGUUGACAUACGCCAGGUCAAACCCAAAAUGUUUUCUUCUGGGGAUAUAAGAGAUCCUGUUCAAUCUUACAAACUGUACUCGGCCAAAAGACCUCUUGGAUUUUCUUCGGAUGAAGACCCUUUCUAUCUUUCAAAACGCACUAUUCCUCUAGAUGACCCCAGAAGUGAUAAAUGGUAUUUAAAACAAAAAGUUGGGGAGAAAAAGCUCGCAUCCUUCAUGAAAGAAAUGGCUGUUAAAGCCAACUUUACAGGGAAAAAACUAACAAACCACAGCGCGAGAAAGCAUCUUAUUCAAAAGCUCCGUGAUUUGAAUGUCCCACCAACAGAUAAAAUGCAAAUAAGUGGACAUAAAAAUGCAGGAGACGAUAAUUAUAACAGAGAAACCUAUAUUGAUACUUUAUGCCGGAACCUUCUAACCAAACUUAAGUACAGCCAGAAUCCUGAUACCCAGAUGCAUGCCAUCCAUAUUACAGCCAACGAGCUCAGCAGAGUACAGUUCAAUGACUCUUUUCCUAACAUCAACGUCUCAGGGUUAAUGAAUGCAGACAUUUCAGAUCUGAGAGCGAUGUUGGCUUUUGCCAACUCGUCCAUUUUAAAGAAAUUACAACAGGGAACUAACAUUCUAUCCGAGUCCACUCUCAAUUGGAUAUCUAAGUUUUCUUUGGGAUCUCCACAUUAUGAACAAAGCAUGCUUUCCGAUAAAGAAGCAUGUCACAUGUUGCUUUUGUCCAUGGACAGCAUGCACAUCUACACAAAGAAUCCGGAGAUCACAACACCCAAAUCUAUAAUAACCACUGUGGAUGCACUGAGAGUGCUGCUUUCUGAUGACAGCCUGCCAAGAAGUCUCCUCAGAGACAAGGACAAAGCCAUACAGGCCAUCACUGGUCUGCUGAAAAUCGUUGACACAGUAUUACUGAGUAGUUACUAUCAUUACACGGACGAUUUGGAUGAACUAAUGACCUUGAAUAAAGAAGAGCUAAUUCAGGUGGAGAAUGUUUCCACAACUUUUGUAAGAAAACGGUUAAUUAAAGAUUACAUGCUAUCGGAGAAAUAUCAAACAACCAAGAGGAUGAAAAUGCUAGAGUCCUUCGCCUCCAUUUUGAUGAAGUCAUUGGAUGCGAUAGAAAAGGCAAUGACCACCGCUGAAACAGGGAGGAAACUAUCGGUGAACCGUACAUUAGUCUCUGUUGUGGUGGAGAGGAUCGAACCUUUGUCAUUUAAGGAUUACUCCGCCACAGUUGGUGGGAUUAAUGUAGAACUGCAAGCGGAAGGAAAUCAACACAAUGACGUCAAUAUUUUGAUUGCAGCAUUCAAAAGAUCUCCGUUCCCAGUUUUGAAUGACACUUCAUAUGGUUGGUCUGAAGUCCUGGUAUUGAAAGGUAAUUUUUCCUGCAAUAUCACAGCCCGUCUGCGGAACAGGAAUGUAGACAACUUGCAUAAAAGUUGGUUUUUCCUUCACUCUAAUAUGACCUUUUACCAAGAAUUUGCUGUGAGCAUGAAUGACCUCACGAUUAUUCACUUGGAACCGGAAAACCUCACGGAUUUUACAGAUUGGGAACUUUACAUAAAAGGAGGAGCCCGUCCAACUGAGGUAAACUUCGACAUCAAAUUGGAUAUUGGAAAACAUCAGACCAGCUUUAAAGUCCCUUCUGGAAUAAUCUCGCACACCAAAGGAUACUUAAUGCUUAAAAAGAAAGAAAAAGAGGAUAGAAGACGCAAGGCUAGGGAUGCUGUUGAGACCAGAAUUAAAAAUAAUGCCGAGAAAGGUGUCAUUCUGGCUACGAUUGGUGUACAGGUCUUCACUAUGGGUUGUCGGGCCAGGUCAUUCACGUCAGCAUCGUGGAUCACAGGCGGAUGCAAGAUUGGAGAUGAAUCAUCAAUCGAGACUACCGUCUGCCACUGUCCACACACUUCCGGUCAGCAGAGCGCUUUCACAUCCACUUUCUACGUUCAACCGAACCUGAUUGAUCGCGUCGACUUCUCAGACUUUGACGUCGACAACGCUGCAGUGUAUGGGACGUUGAUUGUGAUGUUGUGUCUUUAUAUUAUCCUGGUCAUUAUACUCCGAAAACAGGAUUAUAAAGACGCCCUGAAGUGGGCCCCUCAGUUCCUUUGUGAUAAUGGUGAGAAUGACAUCUACUUUUACAUGAUAACUGUAUACACUGGCAUGCGCAGAGGUGCCGCCACGAUGUCAAACGUCAAUUUCAUUUUAUCGGGAGAGGAUGAAGAUUCUGGGAUACGAAUAUUGAGCGGAAGUUCUCACUCUGGUUUUGAAGCUGGAUCUGUCCGUAGGUUUAUUGCCAGUUCAAGAUCAAAUUUUGGGAGACUGAAUUAUCUCCGAAUAUGGCAUGAUAACUCAGGACCGGGCAAUACAAAGUCCUGGUUCUUAAACAAAAUAGUUGUAGAUGAUUUGCAAACAAAAGCAAGAUAUAUAUUUCACUGUGGGAGAUGGUUAUCACUGGAUCGUGAUGACGGUAGAACAGAGAGGGUUCUUCCUGUCUGUACAAUGGAGAAUCUCAACAGCUUUAACACUCGGUUUUCGGAGCAGGCUCAACUCAAUCUCACUGACAGUCAUCUUCUCGUGUCUACCUUGAUUCGUCCCGAGAGCAGCAACUUUUCCCGCGUCCAGAGAGGAUCUUGUCUGUUUGUGCUUAUGCUGCUGACAAUGAUCAGUCAUGCCAUGUACUUCAAAGAGAACGCUAUUGUAUCAGCAAGUCAAGUUAAGAUCGGUAGUCUGGACUUUUCCUUGAAGGACCUCUACGUGUCUUUGAUGGUAGCCUUGAUCACUACUCCACCAAUUUUAUGCGCCUCGUUUGUGUUUAAAAAAACAUCCAAAUCUUCGUAUCAUUUAAGCAGAAUCUCUUCAAGGAAACGAUCAACAACAUCGGAAAAGUACACUUCAACAGAUACAGAUGUGCCCAUUAAUGUAGACUUGACCUCAACAUUUGAUACAGAAGUGACUUUGUUCCCAAAAUGGGUACUUUAUUUCGCUUGGUUCCUACUGUUUGCUUCUGCUGCGGUUUCCUCUUUCUUUUUGCUUUUGUACAGCAUACAGUGGGGCAAAGAGAAGUCGACAAGAUGGCUUAUCAAGUUCAUUUUGUCUUUCCUGGAGUCUAUAUUUAUUGUGGAUCCUGGAAAGAUCAUUUUGAUGGCCUUGAUGGUUGCGCUGUUUUUAAAAAACAAAGAAACGCAAUACAAAUUGAAUGUCGAUGUCCACCAUCUUCGUCGUUUGGCAAAAGUCUUCUACAGCAAUUACAGUGGAUCUUUAAAUGUAAUGAGAAGACAGAUCCUGGGUAAACACGAGCCAGCUUUACCUCACGAUGUUGAAAACUUUAAGAACAGACGUCAACAGGAAGUCAGGGCCAGGGGUGUGUUUAUAGAACUUCUUACAUAUGGAGUCUUUGCUUUCAUUAUGUUCAGCAUUAGUUAUAUCCACAAAGACCAGAGGUCAUUUCUACUGAAGCAAAACGUCCAUAAUAUACUUGUCAAGGACCCUGUAUCCUACAACAAAUUUGCAAACGUUAAUAAGACAAUUGACUACUUUAACUGGUUAAAUAACACGGUUGUACCGCAUCUCUAUCCAUCACGUGACUGGAGUAACAACUCCUUUCCUUCCGCUCCCUGGGUAGGGGACCUCGUCAAUAUCAGAGUGGGUACCGCCAAACUACGACAAGUUAGAGUCACGGAGGAGCCUUGUAUUUCAUACAUAUUUCAUAUUGUUCGCCCAUGCAUACGAGAAUACCAAGAUAAAAAUAUUGAAACCCGAAAUUUUUACCCGUAUUGGAGACUCCAAAAGAGUUUGUCUCGAACACCACAGUCUCUCAGACGUGCUUGGAAAUAUUCAUCUGAAGAUGAAGGGAUAGAUGUUCCUGGUGAAAUUCACAUGUACAAACCUGGGGGCUACGUAAUUAUGUUGCCGAGGUCCUUGACAGAGGCACAUGACCUUGUUCAUCAUUUGGUCGAGUACAGAUGGGUGGAUAGACAUACUCGAGCCUUGUUCCUGGAACUCAACCUUUACAAUCCUAACAUAAACAUCUUCACGUAUGCCAUGUUUAUUGCCGAAUUCAUCGAGACAGGUGGGAUUUUGCCCUGGUCCAACAUCUGGGUUUUCAGGCCCAAUGAGUUUACCGGUGCGCUAGGAACAUAUGCCCUCCUGUGUUAUCUUGUUUUUCUAAUAUUCUUAUGCUUGGGAACCUUCAGGGUCAUAAAAGAAUUAUAUCAAAGGCGACUGAAAUUCCUAAAACAAAUCUGGAACUUGGUUGACAUGACCUGUAUUGUUCUCAGUUAUAUUGGAAUAGUCGUCUUUUCAAUUCGUUUAGACAAAGCCAAUGAAACCAUACCAAAGGCCAAAGAAUUGUCAAACGACACAUUUGAUGGUUUUCAGACUGUUUUCUUGUGGGACUUUGCUUUUAAUUGUAUUGUUGGCGUUCUGACCUUCAUAACGACCUUAAGAAUACUGAGAAUUUUGGGGUACAACAGGCGUUUAACAGAGAUUGUGAGAGUUAUAACUAGUUCUGCGAGGGACUUAAUCGGAUUUGGCCUCGUCUUCAGCAUAAUAUACAGCGCUUACGUCAUAUUUGGUUUUCUGAUAUAUGGUACAUCUUUGAGCGAAUACAACACUGUGUUCAAAUCUUUUGGAACUCUGACCAAUUCCUUGAUUGGGAAGAAUCGCCUGGAUAUGAUGAUACACGUGGCCCCUGAAGCGGCUUCUUUCUUCUAUUUUACGUACACAUUUUGUGUCAUUUUCACUUUGUUAACGAUGUUCUCUGCCAUUCUUAACUACAGCAUCAGGAAAGUUCGCCAUCAAUCAAGGCAAAAUCCCGAAACAUACGGAAUACUUGAUAUUCUUAGUUCCAGCAUAAGUAAUCUGUUUGGAAUGGCGAUGGCACUCCAGAGGAAGGAUAAAGCUAAAGAAAAAUUCACUGCAAAAGAAAAGAAUUUGCGAAGCGAGAAGAUAAAUGCCUUUGGCAUUGUUCAGUUAAUCAGAGACAUAUUUGUUCAAAGUCUGGGAGAAGAAUUCAUGUAUUCACAGAGGUCAAGGCAAGAGUCUUUAUUGACAACAAUGACGGAACCAUCGGAUCUGAGAGUUAACCUGACGCCAGAAUGUCUUAAAGGACAACGAAAUGGUGACAUCAGCAAACUCGAAAGAAUCGGCACCCUGAGGGAUAUUCAAGUGUCACUUGAUAAGAAAGAGGACAACCUAGUCCAGCGGAAUCUUUAUUAUUUGUAG